AUGAAAAGCCAGCUGAGGGAAAACCCUAACAACCCUCCGCCCGAGGUCAUACACGAGAUUCUUUCAUGGUUGCCAGUUAAGUCCUUACGCCGCUUUGAGUGCGUCUCAAAGUCAUGGCGUUCUCUGAUCUCCGAACCCAAAUUCGUCACAACGCACUUCAUCAAAGCGAUCAAAGAUAAAGACCGUCUACACUGCCAAACACGAAGCGUCAUGUUUACUGAUGCGGCACAUAAUGGCCUCCACUCCAUGCAUCUCGACAAGUUUCUCGAUCAUAAGUAUCACGAUAAUCCUAAUGAUACCGGUGAUCGAAGUGUAGUAGCAGCCAUCGAGCACAAGUAUGUUUAUAGCGAAGUGUCGGGUGUUUGGGUUUCCCUGUUGUGUUCCUGCAACGACCUGUUGUUAUGCAUGCUGUGCGACUCGAGGUUAUAUUUGGUUAACCCCUCCACAAAGGAAACAAAGAAACUACCAGAAAUACCAAAAGAAGAGAAGUAUCGUAGUUCAAUCAAUCUAUAUGGGAUUGGAUUUGAUCACUCCACUUAUGAACACAAGGUGGUUAAGGGACUCUACACGAAGCACAAUCGCUUAAUCAACCUCUUGCUCGGUGAUUUUCAUGAAGACGUUGUGUUUAGUGUUUAUACUCUGGAAACCGAUUCAUGGAGAAAGAUCGAGGGAUCAUUUCCCUACAGAUUUUAUGCAAGUGAACAAGGGAUUAUGCUGAAUGGAGAUCUCCAUUGGUUUGGGGAAAGACUCGAGGACCAGUCACGGCUGAUUGUUUCCGUCGCUCUAACAGGGGAGGAGAGGGUUCGAGAAAUUCCGCUCCCGCUUGAAUGUGGUUAUGUCGGAAGUACUAAUCGGAGGAUGAAACUGGGAUUCUUCAGACAAUGGUUAUGCAUAACGUAUUAUUCUUGUCCUCAUGGUGGGACAUAUAACGAGUUUUGGGUCAUGACGGAAUAUGGAGUGAGGGAGUCUUGGACUAAAAUGAGGGUCUCCAUCCCAUAUUCGAAGUUAAAACAUUCCGGUUUCUGGACAAAGUCCCAUGAUUUGAUGGUGUUCGGAGAACAGUUAAUCAUGUACAAUUUUAAUGACGAAAGCCAUUGGAAGAUCAGCAUUCGUGGAAUCGGCAAAAUUGGUCGCGUUUUUACGUGCUUGGAGAGCCUUAUUUUGCUUAAACAACGUCAGAGAAAUAAUUUGAAGAUUGAAGUGUGA